AUGGCUGAUAUGAACACUGGCACUUUCAAACAUGACAUUACAGAACCUCCUAAAUCUAAUCUAGUUUUGCCACUAUUUUCCCUUAAAGGAAAGACGGCUAUCGUCUCUGGCGCUGGCGCUGGAAUUGGUCUCUCGAUAGCUCAUGCGUUUGGUAUGAACGACACCCUUAAGUGGAUAACGCAUUGUUAUUUCAGUGCUUCUAUAAAAGCCCCGACCUUUACAAUCGACCCCAGUAAUAGAUCUACAGAGCCCGCUGAAGCGGGAGCUAAUGUUGCGAUAUGGUACAACUCCAACAAGAAGGCCUUGGAGGAAGCUGCUAAUAUCGAGAAAACUUACGGCGUUAAGUGCAAGGCUUACCAGGUCAACGUAUCGACAUGGGAAACGGUUCAGGCCGCCGUUGACGAAAUCGUUAACGAGUUUAACGGUAGACUCGAUAUCUUUGUUGCGAACUCAGGUAUCGCGUGGGAGGACGGACCCUUCAUCGAUGGCCCACUCGAGACGAUGCAGAAAGUGUUGAAGGUUAAUAUUGACGGCACCCUGUUUUGCGCACGAGCUGCCGCCCUGCAUUGGAGGCGGCAGAAGAAGGAGGGCACUACUGUCGACGGACAGCCGCUGGAAAACUUCAGCUAUGGCAGUUUCAUCAGCACCGCUAGCAUGAGCGGUCACAUUGUCAAUAUUCCUCAGCAGCAGACCGUAUACAACGCGUCUAAAGCCGCGAUCACUCAUGCCUGCAAGUCAUUAGCGGUUGAGUGGGUUGGCUUUGCGCGUGCCAACUCAGUUUCCCCGGGUUACAUUAAGACGGAUAUUUCCGCCUUCAUUCCCCCCGAGACCAAGAAAGUCUUCAAGGACAAGAUCCCGAUGGGACGGGAGGGCGAGCCUGAAGAAUUGAAAGGCACCUAUCUGUACCUGGCUUCUGACGCCUCCUCGUAUACGACUGGUAUCGACAUCAUUGUUGACGGCGGCUACUGCGCGCCGUAAACGAAGCGUUGAGAUAUCUGUUAGCCUUUCUGGUUGGGAUAAAUGGGAACUUUCAUAGCGCUAGACUCUUGGUGUUAGAGGCGUUUCUCUGUCGUUGUUUUUGGAGAAGGUAGGCGUCUAGAUUCUUGAAGCUUGUCAGGAUACCCUUAUGAAUAAAUUAAAGAGCUGCGUUUGAACCUUGAUGGUCAAUUUUGGUUGUCGAAUUUCUGACAAAAGAUUAGGAUGUACUUUGUAACCCGUCUUAGCUAAGCAUUACGUGUAAGAGGUACUAAGCUAAGUGUACAUACAUAGGAGGUACAUAGAUAGAGGACAGUUAGGUCAUGCGUUUAUUAUGGAUGAAGUCAUCGUCAGGGCUGAGCAUAUGUUUUUACGCAUUAUGGAAGGCUCCUUCUAGUGUAAUUGCAUUUCGAAAGGCACGACAGAUGCCUUCUGUUAACCCCUUAUAUACGUGUACAUAGGUAUAUGUAGACAGCAAUUGCCCGCAUCGAAUUAAGAGGUACCUAUUUAACCUAGACAUGUAGGCUGGUUAUUCGAAUAGUUCUUAUCGCAUCUGUAUUGUGGCGUAGAUAAGAGCA